UAAUUUUCAAGAAGCGGCCACGCGUAUGAGCAGGACUAUAACCUAUAAGAUUGGGUUUCAUUCGGACGAAGCUGUCCAUUUUCAGUAUGGUUGCAUAAUCAUGGACAACAGUGCAUAUCUAGAUUCAGCAGAGCAACUUUACCCUGAAGAACUUCCAUCCCUUUUCAACUAUGUAACAUCCAAAAGAGUAGCUGGAUUUGAUGAUGUCGAAGACAGUAGCCCAAGGUGUCUGUGUCAGCAAACUUGGUCUUCAACGUCCUGUCCUUCACCUGAUUGUGAAUUAGCUAAAGCUUCAGCGGAGUUGGUGCUCCCAGAAGACAAGAAGUGGCCGUUCCUCCUGCGUUAUCCAAUAUCUUCAUUUGGUAUCUGCCUUGGUGUUAGUAGCCAAGCCAUCCUAUGGAAAACCCUGGCAACCUCCAAAUCCAUGAGCUUUCUCCACUUCAGCCUGACCAUCAACCUUGUCCUGUGGUGUAUCUCUGUUGCUCUUAUGGUCACUGUUUUCCUCAUCUACUUCCUGAAAGUCAUAUUUUACUUUGAAGCAGUCCGUCAUGAGUACUACCAUCCCAUCCGUGUCAAUUUCUUCUUUGCCCCAUGGAUAGCCUCUCUAUUCUUAGUUCUUGGUGUCCCAUCUUUGGUUGCCAAAAACCUUCAUGCUGCCUUCUGGUACAUUCUCAUGACUCCUAUUUUCUGUCUUGAACUUAAAAUCUAUGGUCAAUGGAUGUCGGGAGGUCAGAGAAGACUUUCAAAGGUGGCCAAUCCUUCAGAUCAUCUCGCAAUUGUUGGUAACUUUGUGGGUGCAUUGCUGGGUGCUUCUAUGGGGCUGAAAGAAGGGCCUAUCUUCUUCUUUGCUGUUGGAUUGACUCAUUACAUGAUCCUACUUGUAACCCUCUACCAGAGACUCCCAACAAGUGAGACGCUUCCGAAGGAAUUACAUCCAGUGUUCUUUCUUUUUGUUGCCCCACCCAGCGUUGCUUCUAUGGCAUGGGCACAGAUUCAAGGGGAAUUUGAUUAUGGGUCGAGGAUUGGAUACUUUAUUGCUUUGUUCCUAUAUUUCUCACUGGCUGUUCGAAUUAAUUUUUUUCGAGGUUUCAGGUUCUCACUGGCAUGGUGGGCCUACACUUUCCCAAUGACUGGGGCAUCUAUUGCCACCAUCAGGUACUCUGAUGAAGUUACAAACCCAGUAACACAGAUUCUGUCAGUUGUUCUCUCUGGCAUUUCGACCUUCACAGUAAUGGCUCUGCUCAUCACCACUAUCUUCCAUGCCUUUGUGUUGCAAGACCUCUUUCCGAAUGAUAUUGCCAUAGCCAUUUCACACAAAAGGUCAAAGACAGGCAAGAAACAAUGUCAUCUGCAACCCAUAAGUUCACAUACCAAAGACAUUGAAGCUUCUCUGAAACCAGUGACCUCCACCGGCCAAGACAUUGGAACUUCUUUGGAAUCUGCAAGCUCAGUUAGUAAAGAUUUGGAUGCUUCUUGUCAGGUUAGUGUUGAAGUAUGAUCAGGGUGAUGGCAAUUAGUAACGUAGGUGGUCAUUUGCUUAUUGGUUUAUCCCAACAAACUUUAAUUUUCUUUGACCUAUACAAACUUGUGGAUGGUCUGGGAGUUAUGGCCGAAGGUACUCUCG